UUCUGACACUUGUGCAAUGAAAUCUCAAAGUAGUUUUAAUUUUCAUUUCUAUGAUGGCUAACUAUGUUGAACAUUUCUUUUAACUUUCUCAUCUAUCUGAGUUUCCUCUUUUGAGAAACCAGUUUAGAUUUGUACCCAGUUUUAAUUUCUCUCUCUCUCUCUCUCUCUCUCUCUCUCUCUCUCUCUCUCUCUUUGUAAUUUAAAAUAGAUUCUUCUUUCAUAACAAAUCCCAACCACAGUUUCCCCUCCUUCCAUAUCUCCUAGCUUCCCUCCUACCUCCCCUCUGCCCCAUAUCUACUUUGCCUCUGUUUCCUCUUCAAAAAAGAGCAGGCCUCCAAAUGUUAACAAUCAAAUAAGAUACAAUAAGACAAAGCUAAAGUCCUUGGAGGCUAAACAAGACAACUCAAUAGAAGGGAAAUAGUAAAACGAGCAUGUAAAAGAGUCAAAGAUACACCUGCGUCCACUGUCAGGAGCCUCAGAAAAGCACUAAGCUAACAGCCAUGAGACAUGUGCAGACGAUCCAGUCUGUACCCCAUUUUUAAGUAGAUUAUUUGAUUUAUUGAUAUUUAGUGUUUGAUUUCUUAAUAUUUAAUCUUUAUAUAUUUUGGAUAUUAGUCCUCUGUUGGAUAUGUAGUUGGUAAAAAUCUUUUCCCGUUCUGUAGGCGUUCUGUGCAAAUGAUAGUGUCUUUUGCAUGCAGGUUCUCAGUUUUCACUGUUUCAGUACCUCUAGCCAUCACUGAAAGCUUGGUGUCUGAUAUUAUCCUUCCUACUUACAUGUUUAGGUCCUUGACAUGUACAUGGCUUUCAUGAUUUCCAGUAUAAUGUGGGAGGUUUUUUCAAAGCCUUAUUAGUCUUCUAAUUAUCUGUGUUAGUUACUUUUCCAUUCCUGUGAUAAAGUACCCUGACAUACAGCAAGUUAGCUAAGAAAGGCCUUAUUUUGUCUUAGUUCCAGUGGGGAUACAGUCUAUCAUAACAAGGAAGGCAUAGCAGCAGGCACUUGGCUGCCAUGGAAGCAGAAUGAUCGCGUUUUGUCUUCAUACAAAAAGAGGAGGGGAAGGGUGGGGAAGACUUCAGAGCCCUUCCCUGUGAUGUAUUUUGUUCAGCGAAGUGCGCCUUUCUAAAGUUUCCAUAAUCUGCACAUAGAGGAAACAAGCAUUCAAGCACAUGAAGCUAUGGGAGGUAUUUUAUAGUCAAAUUACAAUAUUAUCUUUUUUUUUUUUUUAAGACUUCUUCCUACACUGUCCUGUGUGAUCCACUGCUUAUAUUCAUUCCCAUUUGUUUUAGGUGACUGCAGCAAAUAGACUUUGCUCUAAAUGUUUUAAUGAAUAUUAAAGACCAGAAUGCUUCUUCUGUAUCCCCAAAGUGUGGACACAGGUGAAAGAAAGGCAAACCCUUGAGCCAAGCUUUCAGAGUUAUCAAGCUAGUUAAAGACAGAACUCUAGUUGUUUUAGAAUAAAGUUCACAAGCUUUCUUUGGUACUAGCAUUCUGGCACCCUGUUCUCAGAACCUGGGCUGAUAACAUCAUGGUUACUGAUGAAGGUGACCCUGGGACAUUUGCUAAAAUGUCAUAUUACUUAUAACUGAACUGAGAGUCACUACACUAUUUUUGUUAUAUCUAUGUAUGUAUUUAUUACAUCUGUGAACUCCUGCCUGUAAAAUUUAGAAAUUUAUUGAUAAAUCUCUUCAUAUUCAUUUAAUGUAUCAGUAAUCUCAAGCCAAUAUUUACUUUUGGUAGGGAGAAGAAAUUGAACAAUAGGUGUAUGGUUAUUUGACAUGACCUUUAUUUUCUCCUAAAUAUUGGGAAAAUUUUGUAGUAAACAUAGGUAUGUUAAUUAAUAUUCAUCUGUAUCAAACAUUAAUGCUGAUGCUUCUGUAAAAGAGAAAAAUCGCACAAAUGUUCAUAUCAGUAAGAUUCAUUUUUCAUUAAUAAGGAGGAAAUAUUACACUUGAAAUUUCUAAACUGAAUCCAGACACUCAUUCACUUAAUGUAGGUUUAACUUGAGUUUUACUACUUUUUGAAAGCAGUCCAUAUUCAGAAGAUAUUGUUCUUUCAGUUUUUAAACUUUGAUGUUGCUUAGGCUAGCAGUAUGUAGGAUAUUAAGCUGCAGCAACUACAUUAGCUGUUUGGCCAUGCAAGUAAAUACAUGGUAUUUGAUGGUGUAUUGUGUAGUUAUAGUGUGGUGUUAAACUACUUUGCAUGGAUUUCUAAUUCUAUGACCCCCAUCAUAUGUCCAUAGAAUAAGGAAGAAAUCACUUGUUUACUGAUAUUAUUUUAGUUGUGUUCUCUUUUUUAUGCAAUCUUAUUUGAAAGGACAGAGAUAGGGAGGUCUGAAUGGCAUUAGUUAAUAGAACACAUUAAUUUUUCUUUUAAAAAAGAGAUGGGUAAAGAAUAUUGGAAAUAGUGAAGUUGAUGUUCCGGGAUCUCAUUUUUUGUCCCUUAUUCCAGUACUUACCUAACAUUAUAAAAUUGGUAUUUCAUUUACCCUGUGUCUUUUAGUUGUCAUCUGUAAAAUUAAGAGUUAAAAUAGUCAGCCUGCUUCAUCUCCAUAAUUUUUAAUGGCAGCGAUAUUCUAUGGGAGGAGCAUGUGUUUGGAGCCAGGCAAAUUUGUGUUCAAUCAUUUGUCAAAUAUUUACCUUUUAAAAUGGCUGUCAUCAAGGAAGACAAAAGGGACUAGAUGUUGGCCUGAUUUGGAUGUAGAGAAAUACAGACACUAACAUAAUAUGAGUGGGAACGAGAACUAGUACAGCUUCUUUGUGAUCCAGAAUUUGGAAGGGAGAGGAAAGUUGAUGGUGAUUAUGAAGCCAGCCUCUUCUAUAGCGACCAUGCCUGGCUACCAUUUCAUUUACAAACAUGAAUUUCUGCUAUGUGUUCGUGUGCUAUAAAAAAAAAAAAUUAGAACUUCUUUAUAUGGAGGUUGGGGUGUGUGUGUGUGUGUGUGUGUGUGUGUGUGUGUGUGUGUGUGUGUGUUUUCAUUACAUGUCUGCCUUUGAUUGGGAAGUAAUGAGUGAAUUUACUAUGUUCAAGAGAUAGCUUCUUUUAGCAGAGUAGGCUGCAGAUCCAAUCAUAAUGCAGUUUGCUAAUCCUAUAAGACUAAUGUUAUUAUUGGACCAAUGGGUACAUCUUCUCUAGCAGGUUGGUACUGUAGCUUACAAGGUUCACAUCUAGAUAAGACCCUUAAUGAUUUUUCCCUUAGCUAUCUGAGUAGCAAUAUCUGGCACUAUAAAAGCUACCCAGCAGGAGGGACUUUCUGGCUUAGUUUCUACUUGAUUUGUGUGAUUUCUAUUUCAAACUCUGUGGUACCUUUAUUUCAAUGGUGGGGUCUAAACUUAAAGUUCUGGUAAAGAACCAAUAUUGGUGACAAUGACCUAUAUUGUUUAGGGAGGGGAAGGGGCUUUGAGGUGUUCUUGGUCUAGAACUCACUGAAUGGUAUUCUAUACCUGCUACUGGGAUUUCAUUUAGUAACUCAUGGUCAUUAGGGAGAGACAACAUUCUACAUAUGAUAAGUGCCUCUAUUUUAUUAUUUUAAUUAUAUCUUUAAAUAGCUUUAAUUAACCUAAAGUAUAAUAGGUUUCUUCAUACUUACUAGUUUUGGUUAGCCUUCCCUUCCUACCAUCUCUGUCCUUCAUUCCCUCCCUCUCCUGUUUACUGUCUUUAAAUUCCCAGUAUUUCUUCCCUUUGUUUUUAUACUAUAUACAUUCUGUACCACUCCCAACCCCGUUAUAGACUUGCUUCCCUUUACCAGUGAUCCUUUUCUAACUGUCUGAUCUCUCUGUAGAUAUUCUAACUUAAACACUCCACUCUGAAAAUUCGUGAGCAUUAUCCAUGUCUGAAAAAACAUGUAGCAUUUGUCUUUCUGGCCUAGGUUACCUCACUCAGAAUAAUAUCUUCAGUGUUGUUUAUUUUCCAGAAAAUUUUAGUUCCCUUUAUAGCUGAAAAACGUUCUAUAUUUAUAUUUAGCCCAGAGAUAUUAUCCAUUUAUUAGGUAACCAAUUAGUUAAGCUGAUUUAGUUCUCUAGGUGUUGUGACUAGAGCAGCAAGGAGCAUAGAUAUGCAGGUAUCUCCUUGUUAGAACAGACUGAGUAUAUGCCUGGGAAUGGUAUACCUGGGUCAUACAUAUAGUUUCCUUUGAUGUACAAAAUCCUUUUAGUUUCAUGAGGUCUCAUUUGUUCUCUAUUGAUCUUAUUUCUUGAAUGACCUGAGUCCUGUUCAAAAUUCCUUACAUUUUGCUAUAGCUAUAUUGGUUUCUGGUCUUAGGUUAAGGACUUUGAUUCCAUUUAGAAUUUAUAUACUUACUUUGGCAGGAUAAGAAAUGAUGAUCAAGUUUCAUUCUUUGGCUGGUAGAUGUAGCAACAUUUGUUUGAGAUGUUCUAUUUUCUUCAAUGUGUUCUUUUGAAAUCAUCGUCAAAAAUCAGUUUGUUCAAUCGUACGUUUCCCUUGUCUAUCCACCACUUUUGGAAUGUGGGAGAGCUGGCCCUGAGAGCAUGAGAGUGGGAGAACUGUCCCUGUCCCUUGUUUGCUCUACCAUCCCAGACAGCAGACCUUGUACCUCGCCUGAGUAGAGCUGACCUUGAUGUGUAGGUAUAGAUUAGCCAGCUUCAAGAGCAUGAGCCAGAGAGCUGGCUCUGCCCGCUUGCUGGCAGUGGCAUUGGGUGAAACAGCUGGGGCAGGUUAGGAGAGCUUGCCCGGGUCCUGUGGGUGCUUGAGAACUAGUGCACUGACCAGCUCUAAGGCUUUGAAUUGGCCUAUCUUCAUUAUUGAACAUCUACCCCAUUGAUGAACUGCUCCAGUGCAUGAAGGAGCCAGUCCUACAGAUCCAAAAUUACAGGAUCUCUAAAUGACAAAGGGCAACAAGAUAGCCAAGAAGAGUCCCAGUGAGGUUCUAGUAUUGAUAGUGUAACAGAAGUCAGAGGCCUGUACCAGACUAAGACUCACUGCAAUGAACAUCUACAAGCAAAGAAAUAUUGACAAAAGGGUAUACUGUGUUUCCACAGUGACUCAGCUACAGCUUUCACAAUGGGUCUCCCCUACCCCACCCCCACUCCCCACCCCCGUUUGGGGAAAGGUUACAAGGGUGGAGGGUGGGUAUGAGGGGAGAGGGAGAUAAUUAGGAUUGGGGUGCAUGAUGUAAAAUUUACAGAGGACCUAUAAAAAAAAAGAAUCAGUUGUAGUUGCAUGGGAGAACGUUAAUAUAUUUUUCAUUAUUGGGACUGUGUUCUCUUCAGUUCUCACCUCAAUCCUCUUCCCUUCCUCCUGUUGUCCUCUCCCUUUCCCCCAACUUUCUUCUCUCCUUCACUCAACAAACAAACCCUUAACUAUUUCUACCUCUCUUCCUCAAAUUCUUUUGUUUUCUUUGUUUUGAGUCGGUCAGCUGGAAUUUGCUUGUUCUGUGAUCCUUCUGCUCUCUGGCUGGGCUUCCAGGUCUACACCUUGAUUCCUGGCUCUUGUUUUUAUCUGUAUUGAGAAAUUUUAAAGUGCUUCUUCACUCAUAGUUUUAUAUGAUGGCUUAUCUUUUACAGCUUUAUUUCUUUCUUAAUCUGUCUUUUUUUUAUUUUAUACUGUUGUUUUAUAGCUUUAGAGAAAAAAUUUUUAAUUGAAAAAUUUUGUCUAUCAGAUUUAUGUGGUUUCCUUGAUCAGUUUUUAAAUCAAAAGUAGGUUCUCAUUGUUCUUACAAAGUCUAGUAUAUUCAACAGAAUCAAGGAUGACAAUAGGGUGGAAGGUGAGAACUGAAGAGAAGGACAUAGUCCAAUAAUGAAAACUAUUGCUAUAGUGUAUUGAUGGUUUCCCAUGUAACUGCAACCUCCUAAUUUUCAUAGAGAUUUCAAAAGUACACUUUGGAGAAGAGAGAGCAUCUCAAACAAAUGCUGUUCACAACAUCUAGAUAGGUUACUAAUUAUACAUCCAAAAUGAUUUGGAACAGGAAUAGAUAACUAGAAGGGAAAUCAAUCACUUAGUACAUCUGCGAAGGAAGCACUGUGUCACAGAUAAUAGUCUUGGGACAGAGCAGUAGUCUGAGUUAUUUAUAGGCUUUUGUAGACAUCUGUGUUCUUUGGUGAGAACUAGGAUCUGGCAAGUGGCGACACGGAGUUACAGUGGGAACUUGCUUAUGGCUCUUUGCACUUCAAGAAAUGAUCGCAGAAGUUAAAUUAUUCAAGUUUGUGGCAUACUAUAUGAAUCUUACGACUGUCAUAAGGUGGCAAUGUCUCGGGAACCUACCCCUCCUCUGCCUGGAGAUAUGUCUACUAGUCCUGUUGCGGAAAGCUGGUGCUACACACAGGUUAAAGUAGUGAAAUUUUCCUACAUGUGGACUAUUAAUAACUUCAGUUUUUGUCGAGAAGAAAUGGGUGAAGUGUUAAAGAGUUCAACAUUUUCUUCUGGCCCAAAUGAUAAAAUGAAAUGGUGCCUGAGGGUAAACCCAAAAGGCCUAGAUGAGGAAAGUAGAGACUACUUGUCCUUGUAUUUGCUUCUGGUCAGCUGCCCGAAGAGUGAGGUUCGAGCUAAAUUCAAAUUUUCUCUUCUGAAUGCUAAAAGGGAAGAAACAAAAGCAAUGGAAAGCCAAAGAGCAUAUCGAUUUGUACAGGGGAAGGAUUGGGGAUUUAAAAAAUUCAUUAGAAGGGAUUUUUUGCUUGACGAAGCUAAUGGUCUCCUUCCAGAUGACAAGCUUACGUUAUUCUGUGAGCAUCUCCAACACUGCUUGCAGAAGAGGUGGAAGCAUUGCACUGCCCUCCCUAAAGAACUGGCACCUCCCCUCCACUGCAAGUGGUGCUGUAGACAGGUGAGUGUGGUCCAAGAUUCAGUAAAUGUAUCAGGACAUACUAAUACAAACACUUUGAAGGUGCCAGAAUGUCGGCUAGCAGAAGACUUAGGGAAUCUUUGGGAAAACACAAGAUUUACAGAUUGCUGCUUUUUUGUGAGAGGAAAAGAAUUCAAAGCUCAUAAGUCAGUGCUUGCAGCUCGAUCCCCAGUUUUUAAUGCAAUGUUUGAACAUGAAAUGGAAGAAUGCACAAAGAAUCGAGUGGAAAUAAAUGAUUUAGACCCUGAGGUUUUUAAAGAAAUGAUGAGAUUCGUUUACACAGGAAAGGCACCAAAUCUUGAUAAAAUGGCUGACAACUUGUUGGCAGCUGCAGAUAAAUAUGCACUGGAACGGCUGAAGGUCAUGUGUGAAGAAGCUUUGUGUAGUAACCUCUCAGUAGAAAAUGUUGCUGAUACCCUUGUCCUUGCAGAUUUGCACAGUGCAGAACAGUUGAAAGCCCAGGCAAUAGACUUUAUUAAUAGGUGCAGUGUUCUUCGACAACUUGGGUGUAAGGAUGGGAAAAACUGGAACAACAACCAAGCAACUGACAUAAUGGAAACAUCAGGGUGGAAGUCCAUGAUUCAGUCUCGUCCUCAUUUAGUGGCAGAAGCCUUCCGAGCACUUGCUUCUUCACAGUGUCCACAGUUUGGUAUUCCACGCAAAAGGUUAAAGCAGUCUUGAGUCUUCCACAGACAAUAGAAAGGUCCCGAAGGACUCCAAUACAAACCAUAAGCAGCAGUUGUUUCUGUCUCUUGUCCACAGAGCAGGAGCUGGAAAAGCAUAUUGCUUGCUUUCACGUGGAUAAUUUAUGGUUUAUACUUCAGCUUUAAAUCUGACUAAUUAAUUCACUUCAAGGCCUUAAAUUGUCUUCAGUGACUUCUCUUGUUCAUAUAAUAGUUUUGUUUUGUUUUGUUAUUGUGCCUUGUCAGUUUGCCAAGGCCAUGCAGGAUUGCACUAGCUCCACAAUGCAGUAAUAUUGAUAACUGAUAAUACUGGGUUUCAAAGGAUCUUCCAUUAUUUUAAAAACAAAAGAUUUUAUAGGUUUUGUUCUAUGUGAUCUCCAAGUAUCAAACUAGGUUCUUUUGGAUUUGGAGAUUGCCAGAGGCACCUCCAGUCUCAGUUGUGUAGACACUAAAGAGCCUGUUACCAUCUAGGUAAAUGAUGGCCAUACACUGCUCUGUUUUUUUUUUUUUUUUUUUUUCAUUUCAAGGGACAGGUAAUGAGUUGAUCUAAAGUUUUAGUAAUAUUUGUAGUGUUUGUCUAUAUAUUAACUGCUCAAGAAACUGGGUUUAUGCACAUUUGUAAAGAUUGAAAAAUAAUGUUAAGAUUUCGAUAAAAAGAAAGCAUGGCUUUUGUUAAUAUUUUAAAUUUAUAAUGACUUUCAUUUGAAAGAAAAAUUCAAUAGGCGUGUAAGUCAGGAUGACCAAUGUACAUGUAAUGAGCGGGCCAAUUAAGAAAGGUAUAUUUGCACUUUUAAUGUGGAAGUUUUCUAUGAUGAAUGGCACAUAUAUUUUUUUUAGGUGGAUUAAUAAGAUUUUAAUUAUGUUUCAACAUUUAAAAGAAGUUUUUAUGACAUAUGGAGCCCAACUUGGAUAUUCAUGAUAAUAGAUAAAAUUAUGCUUGAUUGGAUUUCAAAUUAUUAUUAUUUGAGUUUAUUUUAGCUUUAUCACAUUUGGGGAAGGCACCUAACAGUAAAUGAGCCCCAUAUAGUCUGCUUCUUUUCAAAGGAAUUAACAGAUACUUGCUUGUGCACGCUGUGUGGGGAAGCAGAGUGAGUAUGUGCAACCGCACUAGGAAUCUUUUCUCCUCGGUGGCUCAGUUGCUAACAUGGCAGAUUAUUGAAAUUUUGCAUAAUGUCAACAGCAUAAAUGUUUCCUGUUAACUGUUUUAAGUGAACCAGUUUUUUAUUGUUAUUAAAGUUUAGCUUUAAACACAAAAAUGUUUUAGUAGUUGGGAGAUCUGUUGUGAUGCAUUGUUCUAGAGAAGCAGGAGUGGUCAGUGUCAGAUCACUGAUGAUAUGCUUUCUACAUAAAGAUAGAGCAUGUUACUGGAAAAACAGGUGUAUGUACCUGUAUUUUGCAUAUAUAGCUUAUUCCCUGUAUUAAAUUUUACAUGCUUUUUUUAUUUAGUUAUAAAAUUCAGGAAAAAAGCAUAAUGUUUUAAAAUAGACUAUUUUUAACUAUAGCUUUUUAGCUGUUAACUAAAGCAAUCUUAAAAUACAUUGAGAAAAUACUGUCAAAUCAUUAGUUAUCAAGAGAAAACAAAGAUUGUAGUUUUAGAUAUUUUAGUUUUGAUUCUUUGUUGUGUUAAAAUGGUAAGAUUAUUUGGGAUAGAGGAAAAAUUUUCAAGUGACAGUGGGCUUUACCCUAUAAAAGAAUCAUGAUGAGCAAAAAUUUAUUCCCUUAAUUUCAUCAUAAAACAAGUCCUGUUACAUUAACAGCGCAAACUUCUAAACACAUAUAUACACACUUUUAAUACAAGAUAUUUUCAUGGUCUGGCAAAAAGCAAAGAUUCCCCUCAGCUGGUGGAAUACAUUGUCACAUAUCAUAAAAACACUGUACAUAUGUACAACGUAUGUAAAUUGAUUCAUUGAUUUGGUCUAUAUUUCUAACCAUGGUGAAAUCAGUAGUAAUGCCAUAUAAUAAACAUUGUAAAUGUUGAUUGAUAAUGUUCAGGAUUUUCUUAUACAGGCUUUUGGUUUUACUUUGCUAACAUAUUUUCUACCAAAAAAAUUCAACACUGUGCUCUAUAAAUACCAGUGUUUGCUGAAAUGCCCACAUUUUAGAUGGUACAUACACUCACAGAAUCAUACAAUCUUUUCUCUCUCUCUUUUUUUAAUGUGUAUUUUAGUAGUUUUGGUUCUUGAGUGUGUGGUAAAAGGCUGUUUGCAUUUUCCUCAUUCACUCAUUUUUAAACUAUCUAUAUAAAUACAACUUGGGUAUGAUUUUUGCUUAAUGCAGUCUUUGUGCUUUAAGUUACCAGUUUGCUCCUCUUACCUUCUAGUCACCUAAACAAGACUUUUCUCAGAACACAAUGACUGGUUUUAAAUAUUACAAUUUAAAAAUGUAUCUAUUAGAAAACUGUUCUUUAGAGUAAGAUUUAGAAAUACGGUAUUUGUGCCUUUUUCAUUGUUUUUCUUUUAAUGUGUUUUGAUAUUUGGAGCACAAAUAUAAAGGUGCCAUAAGAUGGCUUGCUCAUGUUACCUCCUUAAAUUUUUCUAUGUUACUAUCUUCAAAUAAUAAUUGGAGAACCUUGAACGAAAUGUGGUUCUUUAUGUGAGAUAUGUAUGUGUUUGUAUUUUCUUAAGCUGUGUGAAAUAUGUUUAAGAGUGAAUUUAUGAAAAUAGAACUUGGUUAAAUAUGCGUGUGCUUUAUUUAAAAAGACAGUAGAUUGCCAGAAGACAGUGUAAUCCUCAAAAAUGUGACCAGCAUUCUACAUUAUAAAAUAGGAAAAUAGUGCUAUUUUACAUUAUCAAGAAUAAUUAAAUUUUAAAAAUAGUUGCUUUAAAUAUUUUAAAGUGUCAUGAACAUUAUUAUUUUAUUUUUUAACUCGAUCGAAUUGAGAGUUUAAAUUUUCAGAAAUAUUAAUUUGUUCAUUUAAAGCUUUAUUCAUGAAUUUUAAGUUGUUAUGUGAAAUUAUAGAUAAGGGCCUCAAGUAUGGCUCAGUGAUAGAUAGUGUGUUUAUGAAUAUUUGUGAUCCAUGUGUUGGAUCCAUAGCAAUACCAACAAACAAAAAGAUGGGAUCGUAGAUAUGAUUCAUUUAGAAAACAGAAGCAAAGACUUGGGUAAGUUUUAUGAAAAUCUAACGCAGCAGUUUUACUACAAGUCACAUGUUCAUGAAGAGGUGAAGUAAUCUCUUUUGGUCAUGUCUGGUCUUUGAUGGUUACAAUGGAAAUAUUUGUUGUGUUCUUUAGAGAGGUGAGUGGAUGAGUGAGUGGGUUUCAGUGUUCCCAGAAAAUAAAUACAGCACUUUCAGCACGUAUGAGAGUAUUUUACAAAGCUUUUUAUGUAGAGAAUGUGAGCUCCAACUUAAGUGUUCAUGGAAUGAUGUAAGUGUUGGCUAUGUCAAUCUGAAAUAAUACUGAGUGCCUCCAAUGUAAGACUUCUUUACUAGGAAUGAAAUCAUACUGUAUCUUCUGUUGUUGUAUGUAAGUUUAUAUCUGAGAAGUAAUACUUAUUUUUAAAUAUUUUGUUAGUAAAGCUUAUUAUAUACUGUAAUCUAACUAGUAAUUUAGCAUUGCUUACAAAUGAAUUGAGCCCACUUUUUUGAAAAUAAAGUUCUGCUAAAAUUAUUUAAGUUCAGAAGGAAGUUGACUUUUAAAACUCAGACCUUUAACAUUUAAUCUUUCUGGCCUUUAUUUAAUCCAUUUGAUGUUUUAUGAUGAGAUACACACUAUUUGUGUUAUUGUUGGAAAUAGAUUGUGUGUUUCAGCACGUUGAGUUAAAAUAAAAUUGUUACUACUUAUUUAGAAUUAA